CAUUCACACUCUUCUGCACCAUCAGAAGCAACAAUGCCGCACCCGCACCCUAGCCCGCACCUGCGCUACGACGAGCAGCCUCAGCUCUCGGGCGCCGACCUCGGCCCGAGCGCCGACAUGGCCCCGCUCCCCCUGGACACCGGAGAGCGUGCCCUGCCAGAGCCCAGCAGCCACCCGCCAGUGGCCCGGCAGCAACUGGGGGAGCAGCCCGGGGAGCAGCCGGGAGGGCCGCACGAGGACGAGGAGGACUGGGACCCGGCAUUUGUCGCAGACGGCUACGAGGCCGAGGCUGGUGAGCUGCCGAAGCGGCCGAGCGCCUCAGGCGGCGGCAUGGAGGGCUCCUUCAGUCUGCCGCAGCAGCUGGCGCUGGCACAGAGGUACGCCGCGGCACAGAGGAAGAAGCAGGAGCAGCAAGAGGAGCAGCAGGAGCAGCAGGAGCAGCAAGGAGAGCAGCAGCGGGGGGGAGGCGGCGCCAAGCAGCAGUCGGGAGUGCGGGAGGCGCUCAAGGGGUGGCAGCAGGCCGGCGGUGGCCGCGGGGGCAGUGACAGAGGCGGCGCCCUGGCCCCGGCGGAGGAUGUGGCGGCUGCCGCCGACCAGCAGCGGCAAAUGGCGCAGCACCACUUCCAACAGGGGGAGCAGCAGGCGGAGGAGGAGGAGGAGCAGGAGCGGGAGGAGGGGGAGAUGGGGGCCAAACAGGAGGGGCCGGGCCGCGGCAGCAGCGAGGGCCGUGGCGACACGGAGGAGGAGUCUGGUGCUGCUGCCGCUGGUGCUAGUGCCGGUGCUACUGCUGCCGGCGGCCUCGCUGCUGCGCCGGUGCCGGACCUGCAGGAGCGGGCGUCCACUGAGGAGGUGCGGGAAUUGGACCAGGCCCUGACCGCACAGCGCCAACGCCACCAGCACCACCAGCACCACCAGCACGAGCACCAGCACCACCAGCACCAGGAGCAGCACCACCAGCAGCAGGACCAAGCAGCCGCACACAUGAUGCAAACUGGCGCCGAGGACGCCGCUUCGGUGGAUGAGGAGGCAGAGGCGCCGGAGGCCGACGCGGUGCUGGCUGCCGCCCUGGCCGCGGCGCGGGACGACACCGCCCUCUACCUGUCCGCCCAGCGGCACUUGGCGGCGGCGGCGGCGGCGGAGGCGGCGGCCACUGUGCCCGGCAUGAGGGAGCCCGCCACACAGGAGGAGGUUCUGCAGCUGGGUGAGGCCAUGGCCGCACUGCGCCGCAACUCCUCAUCCGCCGUCCCGCCCGCCACUACCGCCACAGCGGUGCCGCCGCCGGGCCCAACACAGGAGGCGGUGGCAGGCGGCGGCGAGGAGGGCGGGCAGCGGGGCCGGGCGGAGGCGGUCGGGGCGGCUGCUAUCCCGGCGCCCGCGCCCGCGCCGCGCACAGGCGAGGUGCUGGCCGCCGCCCGCGCCGCGCGGGAGGACGACACAGCUGCCUACGAGCGGCAGCUGAGCAGCGGAGGUGGGGGCGGUGGAGGUGGGGGCGGUGGAGGGGGUGGUGUACCCCAGCCCCAGCCCCAGUACCGGCAGCAGCAGCAGCAGCAGCAGCCGCAGCAGCAGCAGCCUGGUGGUGGCGGCGACCCGGCGGGCGACCCGGCGGUGCGGCGGCUGGUGGCGGCGGUCCUGGGCCGACUGGUGCCUGGCGGCGGCGGCAGCAGGCGGCACCAGGAGCAGCCGCUGGAGCAGCAGGCGGCGGCGGCGAUGGGGAGUGAGACUGCUACAGCCAUUGUUCCCACGCCUGCUACAGCCGCUGCACCAGCGGGCCUCAGCGGACCGGCCUCGCACGCGGUGGCGGACCUGCAGCAGGAGCCGUCGCAGUGCCUCCCCACUAGUGGCGGCGGCGGCGGCGGCGGCAGAAAUGGUGUGACAGACCAGGCCCCCUCCUCCCUGUCUUCCCUGUCCUCCUUGUCCGCCACUGCCACCGCCACCGCGGCGGCGCUGCGCCUGCGGCUGACGGGCGCGGCCCACGUGGUGGAGGGCGCGGCGCUGCAGGCGGCGGCGGCGGCACUGGACGCCGCGUGCUGGGCUGUGGGCGCCACGGAGGGGACAGCUGGCGAAGAGGCGGCGGCGGCGGCGCCGGCUGUUGGCACCACUGCGCGCGCUCACCAGAAGCAGCAGGGCGCUGGACCCGGUGUGGUGGUGGGCAAGGACCGGGAGGUGCAGGCCGCCGCGCCGGCCGGACCCCCCGGUGACUUGGAGGCGGAGCAGGUGGCGGCGGCCGAGCAUGGCAGUGGCGGCGGCCGCGGCAGUGGCGGCGGCGGCGGCACUGUGGGUGGUGUGCGGGGUGUGGUGCGCGAGGUGCGGAACGUGCUUCACGAGGCCAUGCGCAUCCUGGACUGAGACGGUGGCCAAGGCGAUAGGGAGUGACAGGGGCCAGCGUGCCGUGUGCUUCAGGAUGUAGUCAAAGGAGUACCGUAGGAAGGAGUGAUAAGGUGUUGCAAGGUUGCGGGCUUACAAGAGCGGAGAUUCCCAGCGCAUUGCUACAUCAAUUGUCAGCGCGCCGUGUAGCCGUAGUACGCGUGUUGGGAUCUCAGCAUUUCAGGCCGUGGCUACCUGACACAAGUUGGCAAGGCCAACGGUGGCAAUGUGGCGGCUCUGACCCUCGGGCAUGGCGCAUGUUGCAGGUCGUGUGCGCGCCAUGUAUGUGUACGGGGUCCAUUGACACGCCUGAUCAAGUGAGCAACAGGCGACGGGGGCUGUGAAGGACUGGUCUGGCGUCCUACGGUGGCGUGAUCUUGACGACGAUACCUUGACUGCAAGCCAGCCACAUGUGCAGUUACACUUGCAGGGUGUUGUAUUCAGACACAUUUGCUGUAGGCACUUGCUGGCGUGGAAGUCUACACAAGUACAAGAGGGGUUCCCGACUGGGGAAGGGCGGGUGGGCGUGGGCGCGUGCGUGGGCGGGGGUAGACAUCAAACCGCG